GGCGCGAAUGAAACACUGCAAACCUCAGCAUCAGCAACAGUACAAUAAGAACAAGAUGGCCCCGUAUACUUUUUGCGCAGUUUGCGCAUUCUCACAUAUCUCACUUUUCGCUCCCGGGUAGCAUUGUCGCUGUGAUAUAUACAUACAACGUCCGAUUCGCGUCCAAGCCUCGAAUACGCGCCGACGCGCCCCACCAUCCUCCAUGAUUCAACAAUCUUCUUGUAUCGACAUGCCCACCAUGUCUUCCGCGAUACGAGAAGUGCCUGUUCAGCUACCGAAGAGCUUCGACCGACCCGACGAGCCAUGGCACCACUACAUCAACAUCGAUCUGAUAUGGUACGUUCUCGGAUACACGGUCUUCCAUCCGUUUGUAUCAUGGGUUGUGGUACUGUGUCUGCGCGCGCAGUAUACACCCUAUGAGAACAUCGAGAUGCGCAUCGCCAUGGCUUGGGCCAUGCUCAUGACCGUCACCGGCAUCUUCGGACUCAUCAGCGACCGGAUCGCGUGGGGAUCUCCGCGCGAGGUAGACCUAGAGGAAGAAGUUAUUGUCAUCACGGGCGGUGUUGACGGUCUCGGCGGUCUGCUGGCAGAGACCUAUGGAAUGCGCAAUGCCAAUAUCGCUGUCCUGGAUAUGAAGGAGGUCGAUGAAGACGAGGCGGAGAACAAGGGUGUCGUUUACUACAAGUGCGACGUGAGCGAUGCAAAGCAGGUUGAAGCCGCCGUAGCCAAGAUCGUGGACGACCUCGGCGCUCCCACUAUCUUGAUCAACAACGCUGGUAUGGUGCAGACCAAGUCAAUUCUCGACUCAACCGCUGAAGAUGUGGAGCGCACCUUCCGCGUCAACACCCUGUCACAGUUCACCACCCUCCGUACAAUCCUCCCGCACAUGCUGAAAGAAGGCCGCGGCACCAUCGUGACAGUCUCCUCCGUCCUCGGCCACCUUGGUGCAGCCAACCUGUCCGCAUACACAGCCUCCAAAGCGGCCCUCCUGGCGCUGCACCAGUCUCUACGCGCAGAACUCGCACAAAACCCCGCCGCAAAGGACAUCAAAACAAUCCUCGUACAACCCGGUCAGAUGGGCACAACAAUGUUUGCAGGCCUCAAGACUCCGAGCAACUUCCUAGCGCCUGUUGUCACGCCAGCCGAUAUCGGAAAGGACAUCAUCAAGCUAAUCGAGAGGGGUGAGAGUGGCGAGAUUGCGCUUCCUCUAUACUCCAAGUAUAUUCACAUCCUUGGAGUACUGCCUGUCGGCGUAAAUCAUCUUGUGCGCAAGUGGAGUGGAAUGGACAAGGCUGUUGGCAAGAUGGGUGAGGCAAGGCAGAGGCAGAAUCUGACGGAGAAGAAAUAAUGGGCUUGCUCAUACCCACGAUACAAUGACAUAUAGAGCAGAUGGUCUCCGACUCUUGUACAAUAUACGUUUCAACGAUCUAUGCGACUAAAGGUCGUAUGCGACUCUACUGGCUUCCCUUAUUCAAUUCUGCGAUCACACUUCCAGCAGCAUACUUUGAUUACGAUAUGUGUUUGCAUCGUUGGGCUAAGCACACCAGUACACCCAAUCAAAUUAUACCAACGUUCACAUGUGAACGAUGGUUUGCGGGACCACUAGCGUCGUAGGGCUGAUAUUAGCGAGCGCUCGCACAUCUCGACCCUGAAAUCGCGACGACGACAUCAUCAUCAC